AAAGUAAUAUUAAAGAAACUUGUUCAUCGAAAAUUUUUCAUAAUAAUAAUAAAUUGGUACCACAAAUGUAACAAUGCCAAAAAGAUGGACAUCAUAGCUCAUUGACUUGCCAAAACUCUCUUCUUUGUCUCCCUCUCUGCUCUGCCCUGCACUGCUGCCGGAAGAACCGUUGGCGGCGCGCCAGGCACCACCGUCCUGCUCCAGGUCCUCCUCUCCGUCUUCCCUCUCUGCCAUUUUCUGUUGUGUUCUCUCAGCCUUCUGCCAAAGCCGCUGCUCGCCACUGCAAGCCGUCGCUGCUCGCCGCCGUUCCUCACCGCAGCUGCAAGCCACGGUCCCCUUUCUCUCUGGUAAUCCUCCAUUUUCCGGAAAGCAUGGCUGAUUUUUGGCUCACCGCCAUAAGCCGCCAUCAGCAAUAAAAAACUAUGAUCCAGUGAGCUAGAUGGAAUCCACAAGUUCCAGAAUCAAUGUUCCAAACACUAAACCAUUUUCUACGAGGCUUCUGUUUGAUCGCCGCUAUGGAUGGGUAAUUGAUGAAUGGAAAGACCCAUCGGAGGAAGCACUUGACGGUGGCCGAGGAAUGUUUUGUGUAUUCCCACUUGUCAAAGCUUUGGUGCAGAAAGUCUCCCAAUCGAUCAAUCUUGCUGCAACGUCAGCCAUGAAAGUUUCUGAACAGCAACAGCUGUUUCCCCAUCAGAUGCUGCAGCAUGCGCUAGAUGAUGGUGUUCAUGAUUUAAUGUCAUCCUUAAAGAAUGCAGGUUACAAAGGUUUCAUCCUCAACAAUAAUUCACAGCCACGAGUUUCUAGUAACUCUACUCAGCAGGAUACAGCAAGCAAUGAAUGAUGGAGGCACAAAGCUCGCGUUAUUCCUAAACUGCUUUAUGAUAUGCAGGAUCUUAGUUGAAUUAUUUGUUUUAAAUUUAUAAUCCAUGAAUGAAAUCUAUAUAUUCAUGUACAUGGUUGUCCUACUUAUCAUUCCAAUACUUUUGUAACUUUGAACUCAUGGUUGGGCAUUCACGUGAGCUAGUAAACCAAGUCCAUUCUCUGUUGGCAUUAUACACUUCAA